AACAACAUUUAUUGUAGUCCAUUCCAAUGGCAAAAACAAUUCACAUAGCUGUUAUUCCAAGUCCUGGUUUCAGCCACUUAGUCCCAAUAGUUGAAUUCUCCAAAAGAUUAGUUACAAACCAUCCAAAUUUUCAUGUCACUUGCAUCAUUCCUUCACUUGGUUCACCACCAGAUUCAUCAAAAUCAUAUCUUGAAACAAUUCCACCAAACAUAAACUCAAUUUUUCUUCCACCAAUCAACAAACAAGACUUACCUCAAGGAGUAUAUCCAGCAAUUCUGAUUCAACAAACUGUUACACUCUCUCUACCAUCAAUUCAUCAAGCUCUUAAAUCAUUGAAUUCAAAAGCACCUUUAGUUGCUAUAAUUGCUGAUAUUUUUGCUCAAGAAACACUAGAUUUUGCAAAAGAGUUCAACUCUUUGUUUUAUCUUUACUUCCCUUCUUCAGCUUUUGUACUUUCACUUGUUUUACAUAUUCCCAAUCUUGAUGAAGAGGUUUCAUGUGAAUACAAAGAUUUAAAAGAACCUAUAAAGUUACAAGGAUGUUUGCCAAUCAAUGGUAUUGAUCUUCCAACACCAACAAAAGAUAGAUCAAAUGAAGCUUACAAAAUGCUUCUUCAACGUGCAAAAAAUAUGCAUUUGGUUGAUGGAAUCUUGUUUAAUAGCUUCUUAGAAUUAGAAUCAAGUGCUACAAAAGCAUUGGAACAAAAGGGUUAUGGAAAAAUCGGGUUUUUUCCCGUCGGACCCAUUACACAAAUAGGGUCAAGUAACAAUGAUGUUGUUGGUGAUGAACAUGAAUGUUUGAAAUGGUUGAAAAACCAACCACAAAAUUCUGUUUUGUAUGUUUCUUUUGGAAGUGGUGGAACACUUUCUCAAACACAAAUAAAUGAACUAGCUUUUGGUUUGGAAUUGAGUGGUCAAAGAUUCAUUUGGGUUGUGAGAGCACCAAGUGAUUCAGUUAGUGCAGCUUAUCUUGAAUCUACAAAUGAAGAUCCUUUGAAAUUUUUACCUAUAGGGUUUUUGGAAAGAACCAAAGAAAAAGGUUUUAUUUUGGCAUCAUGGGCACCUCAAGUUGAAAUACUUAAACAUAGUUCAGUUGGUGGAUUUUUAAGUCAUUGUGGUUGGAAUUCAGUUUUGGAGAGUAUGCAAGAGGGGGUGCCAAUAGUAGCUUGGCCUUUAUUUGCAGAACAAGCAAUGAAUGCUGUUUUGUUAAGUGAUGGUCUUAAAGUGGCAAUAAGGUUGAAAUUUGAAGAUGAUGAGAUUGUAGAAAAGGAUGAAAUUGCAAAUGUGAUUAAGUGUUUGAUGGAAGGGGAAGAAGGUAAGAGAAUGCGUGAAAGAAUGAAGAGUUUAAAAGAUUAUGCUGCUAAUGCACUUAAAGAUGGUGGUUCUUCAAUACAGACUUUGUCACACUUGGCUAGUCAAUGGGAAAAUUUUGGUGGGACUUAGGGAAAGAAACAGUGUUAUUACUUGUUUAACUUAUUUUUGUUUUGAUUUUCUUGUUGGCUGUGUUUUGUUUGUUUCCUUAAAUUUGCUUUCUUUUUUGUGGUGAAGUUGUCAUUGUAUUGCAUGGUUGAAAUUUGACAUAGACAAGUUCAACGUGUAAUGAGGGACAAAAUGCUUGUCAAAGAAAAAUGACAAUGGAAAAUUCUUCCUC